AUGUUUCAUGUUCGAAGUACUGCAUAUAAUUUGUCGAAAAAACUAAAUAAUUGUCUUCCAACGACCUUCACGAGGCACAAUGUGAUUCCCAGCUCACUUCCUAUACCCGAAAAACCUUCAGAAACCGAACAGCUCCAUAACUUGCGUAUAGCUAUAACGCCUAGCUUCGGGUAUGGAUCCAACACUUACGAGAGUGGCAACCCUCAGUCUUGCUCAUCAUCUACCCUCGCAGGCGAUCCGAAACAUUUGCAAACUCGUCAAGAUAUUCGAAAGGAGAUACUUGAAAAAUGGGACAAGAGACCUAAACCGGACUCGCAAAGGGAAUGGUUGAAAAAUCUUAUGUUUAACUAA